AUGUCUAGCGCAACCUUCCAGGGAGGCUUCAUCCCAGACACAAUUCUUUAUCUGAGUUACUGGUACACAGGCACCUCAGUUAGCAAUCCCGUCCCGGACUUCUUUGACAUCGGUGUUGGAUUCGCUGCUGUCGGCCUGGUUUCUAUGCGCGGUAUCUUGGGAUACGAGGGCUGGCGUUGGUUGUUCCUUAUCGAAGGCGCCUUCACUUUCUGUGUAGGAUUGUGCUCGUUCUUCCUUAUGCCUCAAUGCCCUGCCAAGACGAAGAGUUGGUGGAACCCCAAGGGUUACUUCAAUGAGAAGGAGGAGAAGAUCAUUGUCAACUCCGUUAUCCGCGACGACCCCCAGAAAGGCGGCAUGUACAACAGACAAGGUCUUUCCGUCAAGCAGAUCUGGGAAUGCUCCAAGGAUUACGACAUGUGGCCCUUGUACGCUCUUGGCUUGCUCUUUGGCUUGCCGAAGUACCCUGUCAACCAGUACCUCACUUUGUCACUCCGAGACCUCAAGUUCAACGUCAUCCAAACCAACUUGCUUUCAAUUCCGUGGAUCAUCGGCUCAAGUAUCACCAUGUUGGCCAUCACGGCUGCUAGCGAGCUAUGCAACAACCGCAGUUUCGUCGCCAUGGCGGAGGAUGCAUGGCUGUUGCCGUGCUUCAUCGCCCUGAUUGUAAUCGCGAACCCAAGCCCCUGGGCUUACUUUGCGAUUGCUACAGUGCUUUUAUCCUUCCCUUAUAGGAACGCUGGAUCCGUCCAGAACAGAACGGUUUCCGCAUCUCUGUACAACAUGUGGGUUCAAGUCAGCGGUAUGAUCGGCGCAAAUAUCUACCAACCAAGUGAUGCCCCUCGAUACUUCAAGGCCAACAAGGGCCUUUUAGUUAUUUGCAUUUGGAUGUGUGUUGUACAAUACCCUUUUACCUACUUUUACUAUCGAUGGAGGAACAACAGCAAGUCCAAGAAAUGGGAUGCUAUGACACCAGAGCAGCAACACGACUACCGUGCCAACACAACGGAUAAAGGCAACAAACGUCUUGACUUCCGAUUCGCCACCUGA